GUUUUGUGUCUCCUCCUCUCCAGUUGGUUUGGUGCUGGGUAAUAAAGGUGACUUCCUCCCUGUUCCCUUUAUCUACCUGUUAUUUUCUUCACUUUCUUUCCUCUCUACUGGGUGUAUCCACUUUACUUUUUGUCUGAUCAAUCAUUUCAGCCCUGUAACCUUUUCCUACCAAUUUAGUACACAGUCCCUCACAAGCCUCAUCAACAUCUCCCUUUUCUGUACAGUUAUGGUUUAUCCCAGCUGAGAGCACUAGGACCCCGCAGACACCGGGAGGAAAGUCACAUGGGAGGAAGGGACGUAAGCAAUGGAUCUGUGUAUGAAGGAGACUGAUACUGCUGGUAACUUAUACAACGUGGGACUGUUCCACACUCAGAGUGGUCCCAGAAUGUCGUUAGUCAUAAAGUUACAUGGACUCUCCACUGAAGCAAGUUCUCUUGAUAUUCGGCAUUUCUUCAGUGGUCUGAAUAUUCCUAAGGGGUAUAUUUAUAUCAUUGGAGGUCAAUAUGGUGAAGCUUUUAUUAUAUUUGCAACCUAUGAAGAUGCCAGGCAAGCCAUAAAUUAUUCAGGCCGACCAUUGCAAAACGCCCGUGUUCAACUUUCAUUCAGUAGUGAAGCGGAAAUGCAACAGGCCCUUGACGAUUUAAGCAAGAGGUACAAUGCUGCUAAUUCUGUUUCUAGCAUUGGAACACCUAUAUAUAAGGAGACAGGUUAUUUCAAAAAGCCUGACACUUCAUAUAUUUAUGUACAUGGAAUGCCCUUGAACACCACAAAGGUUGAAAUAAAACCGUUUUUUGCCGGACUGUCGGUGGAGGAUGUCAUUUUCUUGAAAUAUCCUUCAGGUGUAAGGAACGGCAAUGCAAUUGUAAAAUUUACCACAAGUGGAGAUGCUCAUGAAGCACUGAAGCGAAACGGACACUUAAUGGGUUCCACCCCUGUAUCACUCAUGCUCUCAGACGAAACAGAGUGGACUAAAGCUGGAGGCACCCGUGCAAGGAAAAGGGAGAGCUCUCCAGUAACUUCUUCUCAUGAUCGAAAGAAAAGUGUUUCCCACUCCAGACAUGAACUAUCAAGGGCUCGAUCUCCUUAUGAAGAACGUUUCGUUCAUCUUAUAAACCUGUCAUAUGAUGUAAACAAGAGAGAUAUCAAGGCUCAUUUCGGCAAUCUCGCCAUGAAAGAUUCCCAGAUUACUUUUCUGCGUGACUGGUCUGGUAAAAGAACAAGGGAAGGGUUUGUGAAGUUGACAAGUUUAAGCCAAUAUCGCGAUGCUUGUGCACAGCACGGAAGAGUUUUUUGCAGCCGGGUAGUGGAUGUAUUACCUAUUUCUGAAAGGGACAUGUCGGAUUUAAUUGCACGUUCAGAAAAAAAACCAGGAAGGAGUCGCUCUUCGCGAAAAGAUUCACCCAAAAAAUGUUCACAAGAAUCACAUUCAGGCGGAGGGAAAUGUAUAUAUUUAAGAAAUUUUGCCUCCGAUGUGUCUAAAACUGACAUACAGAGUUUUUUUUCUGGCUUCUCUUUAAAAGAAGAGGAUAUAUUUUUGUUGUAUGAUGAUAAUGGGAUUGGUCUCGGGGAAGCAUUGGUUUUAUUCUCAACUGAAAAGGAAGCUGAAAGUACUAAAAAACUUCAUUGCAAGAAAUUCCAGGGAACAGAAAUCCUGAUAAGUUGCAUUACUGAGCAACAGAUGAAAGCUUUCGGUGUGGACGCAAGCGCAAGGAAAUCUGAAGCAAAAAUUGAAGAGCGGGCACCAGAUGAAGUAAGAGCUCCAGCAAGCGAAUCACAACAAUCGGUCACUGAAGUAGGGGGUUUAUUUAAUCUGCAGUGUGAACAUUUAGACUUACCAGCUAAUUUACAGUCCUCUAAAAUGCCCGUUGCUCACGAAAAUCUUCAGUCAACAGAGUUACCAUUUACUUCAGGCUCCACAAACUUUCCCAAGCAAAGUGAUUUUGCUCAACACGCACCUUACACAGCAGAGGACAAACCUUCUAUUGCUAAGGAUGUCCCUUUCAUUCAAACACACAUUAGCAACGAAAGUCUUCCAGAGAGUUCGGUUAAAGAUGCCAUUCCUAUUAACAAUGGAAACCAAGAUGGAGUUGGACUCGUUUUGGUCAGGAACUUGCCACGUACAUUUACAGUUAGCGAGGCUCUCGAUUUUUUCCAUGGAUACAAAGUGAGCUCAGUAAAUCUAGCCCAAAUUGACAAUGGCAUUGCUAGAGUACGGUUCCAAACUAACAUUGAAGCCGUGGAAGCAGUGAAAGAACUAAAUAACAAACCAGUCGGUCAUACUAAAGUAUCUAUGACCAUAAUUUAAUGACUUUGAAAACUUGAAAGGAAUCUUGAGAGCGCAAGCUUGAGAGGACUGGUUCGAGGAUGUUGUCUUUUGGAUGUGACUUAUAUAAAAGCCCUCUGCUUUUGUGUAAAAUACUUUCAUUUCUAUGACGUGCACAAAUAUGUUUAAGUAAAACAAAUACCAACUA